UUGUCAAACUCCUGACCGGCAGUUGUUAUCAGUGUUAUCUGUAGCCUGAUGUGUUUUGACUUGAUAUGUUUACUGGCUGAUUCUGAAAUUUUCAUCCUUAAAAUUUCUGAAAUUUCGUUUAAUUACUUUUUGAAAUUAUAAAUCAAUGAUUGAUCUCAUUGUGAUCCUUUGACCUUUUUUUAAAUUUUAUUAAAUUACUUUAUGUGCUAAAGAAAUCUUAAAUAUCUUUUUAUAUUUUAAAAUGGCAAACCCAAUUCAAUCUUACUCUCCUGAGUUAGACCAUAAGAUAAAGGAAUGGUUCAGUUGGAAUAAGAAUGAGGAGUUUCAUAAAGAAGCGGAAGCUUUGUUGGGUACUGAUGAUAAAAAUCUUCUCUCGAAAAUAUUCCUUCAAAGAAUAGAAUUUGGUACAGCUGGAUUACGUGGACGAAUGGGUCCAGGAUAUUCCCAAAUGAAUGAUUUAGUAGUAAUCCAAACAGCUCAAGGAAUUUUCCGAUAUUUAGAAUCAUUAAACAUUCAUACCAAAGGUAUCAUGAUUGGAUAUGAUGGGAGAUACAACAGUAAAAGGUUCGCAGAGUUGACAGCUGGAAUAUUUCUGCAUGCAGGAGUUAAAGUAUACCUAGUUUCCCAAGUAUGUCCUACCCCCUUUGUUCCUUUUGGUGUAACUAAGUUCAAUACUGCUGCUGGCAUUAUGGUUACUGCUUCACAUAAUCCAAAAGAAGAUAAUGGUUACAAAGUUUAUUGGACCAAUGGUGCUCAGAUAACAAGCCCACACGAUAAGACAAUUACUCAAUUUAUAAAUGAUAAUUUAGAGCCUUGGGUGAACUCUUGGGAUACUUCAAUUUUAGAAAUGAGUGAGCCCUUAUUGAUCGAUCCGUUAAAUGAAAUAAUGGUAGCCUAUUAUGCAAUAAUCAGAGGCAAUGUCAAUGAUUCUGAAAUAAAUAACAAUGCUAAUUUUCGUAUUACAUACACUGCUAUGCACGGAGUUGGGUAUCCUUAUGUAGUUGAAGCAUUUAGGAGUGCUAACUUUAAGGAACUUAUACCUGUUAAAGAACAAAUUGACCCUGAUCCUGAAUUUCCAACAGUCAAGUUUCCCAAUCCUGAGGAAGGAAAGAGUGCUCUUGAUCUUUCUUUUAAAACAGCAGAUCUUAAUGGCUCACCAAUUAUCCUUGCAAAUGACCCUGAUGCAGAUAGACUUGGAGUUGCUGAAAAAUAUGUAGAUGGUAAUUGGAAGGUCUUUAAUGGAAAUGAACUAGGAGCAUUACUAGCCUGGUGGCUGAUCCAUUUAUAUAAAGAGAAACAUCCUGAUAAUAAUUUUAAAGAUGUUUUUCUCCUUUCAAGUACUGUUUCCAGUAAGAUUGUAAAGACUAUAGCAACUGCCGAAGGAUUUAGUUUUGAAGAAACAUUAACAGGGUUCAAAUGGAUGGGUAACAGAUCUUACGAUUUAAUCAAUACAGAAAAUAAAGAAGUUUUAUUUGCUUUUGAAGAAGCUAUUGGGUUUAUGUGUGGUACAGCAGUACUUGAUAAGGAUGGGGUCUCAGCUGCUGUUACCAUAGCUGAAUUAGCUUCAUACCUUUACAAGAAUUCGGAAACACUGACUGAUAAACUGAAUUGGAUAUAUAAAAAGUAUGGCUACCAUUUAUCUGAUAAUUCAUAUUUCAUUUGUCGGGAACCAUUGGUUAUAAAAAGUAUGUUUGAUAACCUUCGAAAUUUCAACAAUUCCAAUACUUACCCACAGUCUCUUCUUGAAGGAAAAUAUAAGAUUGUUAAUAUCCGUGAUUUAACUACUGGCUACGAUUCUGAACAAACAGACAAGAAAGCUACACUUCCUUGUUCAAAAUCCAGCCAAAUGAUAACCUUUUCUUUUGACAAUGGUUUUGUAGUUACCCUAAGGACAAGUGGAACCGAGCCCAAGAUAAAAUAUUAUACUGAAUUAUGCGCUUCGCCAGAUAUACAGGAUAUUGACCAAUUGAAGAUCACUUUAAAAGAUCUGGUAGAUGGUCUAAUUAAUGAAUUCAUUCAACCUACUAAGUAUGGAUUUGAAUUCAGAAGCUUGUAAAUAAGAUAGAAAUACAUUCCUCAAAUGAUCAUUGCUUCCUGUUAAAUUUACUUGUAAUAUUUAUGUUCCUCAGUAAAGCAUCACUUAACUCAUAGUAUUUGUAUCAUAUAACCUGUUGUUAAUGUUAUAGUAGCAUGAAUAAAACAAGUUAAAAAUAAAACAAAUUUACUCAUCUCUUUUUUCAGACAUCCAAGCUUAAUUUCCUCCAUUGAAUAUGUCUCACUCUAUCACACCAACUUAAACUUCGAACACAAUUGUAGAAACAGGAAAGGUUGACUAAAUUUCUUUGGUACUACUUCACUAGCAGGCAGGGUCUAAACCUCACUUGUUAUCUAUUGUAAUGUCAACAUUACAUGGCAUUUAAAUAGUGGCGCGAAAGUGCGGGGAGAAAGCGCGUGCGGAUGGUGGGGGAAGUUCAUGUAACUCAGAAUGUGACGGGCCGCCGAGAGGUAAGGUGAUAGCGGCCAAGAAAAAAUGUGACAAGCUGUCAAGAGAGAAGGUACUAGCCAGCAAGCUGAGAAAAUAGAAAAAGGAGUCCUAGCCGGUUCGAGUGUUGAUAGAGGCCACUAGUGAAGAUUAUUGUAUGUUGGAAGAAAACAACAGCAGAAAAUAAUUAAGUGGUACAGAAAACGGGACAUUCCUAAGUAAGAAGAGAUUAUUUCGCUGGCAGGCGUAAACAUUUGGGUGAGUGCUAACAAUGCCAUUUAUGUUGACAGAGGGAUAGAACCAAAAGUUUAGACCGGGACAAAUUAUUUUAUAAAAUAUUUUAAAUUAUAAAUAAGUGUAGUUAGUAAUUAGUAAAUUAGUGUACAUUGUAGCUAUUAAAUGUUGAAUGAGUGUUCAGUUGUCAGAACCCAACCUGAGAAUUUAUGUUAUGUGUUAAAAUAAAUAAUAUAUUGAAAAAGGAAACUCGUUGUUUGAUUUAUGUUGACAAAGGGAAUGUUACACUAUGUUAUCUAACGUCACAUCACAUAACAUCCUUCUUCUUAUCCCGCCAAACCUUUCAGUUAUUACAUUGUUUAUUUUUCAGUUAUUCCAUUAUUACGUUCACUUAUUAAAUUCUUUAUUUUUGGGCUGUUUGUGUUUAUUUUUCCUUUUUUUUUUAGUUUAUUUUCGUCAAAUUAUGAAUCUUGUUACAUUCUGGGAUUUACCGUCUUCAGAAGAACAGGCUAUUGAAUAUUUUCAAAACGUUGGGAUACUUGCAGACGUGAAAUUGUGUGAACGAGGUCAUCAAAUGAAGUUAACCAGGAACGUCAAAUGGAGAUGCUGUUGUAGCACUUGUGACAUAAAACUUUCAAUAAGGAAAGGAACAUGGUUAAGGGCUCGAGGAUUUCGUUUUUAACGGCUUUAAAAUUGGUUUAUGGGUGGUCCCAUAACUUAACAACGAUGAAGUGGGGCAAAGAGCAGCUGAAACUAUCCCAACGGAGCUAUGGUAACGUGGAACAAAUGUGUAAGAGAGGUUUGUGCCCAUGACAUGUUAUAAAGUCAAGAAAAAAAAUUGGAGGGCCUAGCAAAGUGGUUGAAGUAGACGAGUCUUUUUCCAAACGAAAAAAUCUUGUGGGGAGAGUUUUACCUCAGCAAUGAAUAUUUGGUGGAGUUUGCCGAGAAACAGUUAUUUCAUUUUCAUCUUCUAUAUCUACAUAUGUUCUUUAAGUGUUUUUUUAUUAUUUCAUUUUGAUCUUUUAUAUGUACAUAUCUUCUUUAAGUGUUUUUUUAUUAUUUCAUUAAUAUAUGUGUCGUAAAAUAAAAGUUUUUUUUUUUUAUUACAUUUAUUUUUGUUUCUGUUUACUUUCAAUAAUACAAUAAUACGAAGAUAGGAAUUACGAGAAGGCUUAUCACUGCCAUCUCGGAAUUAUCAGUGUUCAGGUUACAAAUAUAGGCAGAUAGCAGUCAGUCCCGGCCUGCUAGUGAAGAAGUACCAUUUCUUCUUUUUAGAGGAUAUGGUCAUAAUAUUAAAAAGUUAAAUGAGCUGUAUAAAAGAAAAAGGAGAGGGUUUUAAACCUUAAAUUAUUUUAAUAAUUAAAGUAAAAAUAAAUAUGACUGCAAUAAAUUUUAUGAGAAAAUAAUAAUUAUUGAUGAUUAAUCUCCAUAUUUAAUUUUUAUAGAAUCUUUUGAAAGGUUGUUAAAUUACCUGCAAAAUAAUUUAAAAAAAUUCAUUGGAAUCGAACCAAUAUUAGCAAUGAUACAGCGUAUUCUAUUUUAUACAUGUUUUAUUGCAUUUUAUUACUUUCCUAUCGCUUACAGGUAAGAAAAGUAUUACAAUUGGGUCAAAUUUCCGAUGUGGAAUCAACAAAUCUUUACAUUUCAGAGCCCCUCCCAAGUCCAAUAAACACAUUUUCGGUCCAAUUUUUAAAAGAUUAUUAAACUUCC